AUGAUUGAAGAACACUACAAUAAGCAAAGUGAUAAAGUGUACCCUCACAGUUCCAAAAAAGCUGCUCAAGUUGUCGUAAAGGUACAACGUGGUCAUCAUCCUGCAUCAGUGAUGGUUUGGUGGGCGUGUUAUCAAGGAAUCACAAAACUACAUUUUUGUGAAAAAGGAGUGAAAAGUUCAGCCAAAGUGUAUCAAGGUACAAUCUUGGAUCAUGUUGUAAAACCUCUCAGCAACACACUUUUUAAAAAUAUACCGUGGACUUUCCAGCAGGUCUCUGCACCUGGUCUCAAGGCACGAACUAUCCAAGCCUGGCUUGAAACUAACGUUCCGGACUUUAUAAGAGUUGAAGACUGGCCCUCAUCUAGCCCAAACCUCAACCCUUUAGACUUUAAAUUGUGGUCAGUUUUGGAGGACAUGGCCUGCUUUAAAGGACACGGCGACAUUGAGUCUCUUAAAAAAUCUUUGGAGCAAGCAGUGGCGAAAUUUGCCUUGGAAACAAUAGUGUGGGCGGUAAGCGAUUGCACGGGUUACAAUUGUCCAUACGGCCAGAACUGUGCGUUUGAGCCCGCCCCUCCGGGCCGCGCGCCCGCUUGCGCUCAGCCUGGCCUCACGUACUGCCUGCACCCUGAUCCUUACCCUGAAAAAGUAAUAAGAAAAUUGGUUGAAGCUGGCCAAUAUGACAUACGAACUCUCCUGUCAGAUGAAAGUCGGGACGACUUCGAGUCAAAUAAGAAAACAAACUACCCGUACGGGUACGGGCCGAACUCUUUACCCCACGUGGAUCAGAUCUCGCUUGUUAAUGAAGACUUUACCAAGGACUACAAUACGAAAUUUCAUUCAAAAUUUAAUCACGAUAUAUUUUCUGACAAAACGCCGUUACAGCCACCGUCAGCAAUCAACCCGAAUCCAUACAACAUAAAAGCGUAUCAAGCAUCAAAUUACUCCAAAUUCGGUUUUCAAGGGUACCAUAAUACUGCGCCAACGUACUGGAACCCAGCUCUCAACCAGUACGAAUACGACAACAGACGUUUACGACACAACACAGAACCAAACUUGAACAUUUAUAAUCCUAAUUAUUUCAAUUCGCCCCUGUACCAAAAUUAUGAUACUGAUUGGCUCAGAGCGUCAAGUGGCGUCACGCAGUACAACCCGAAUGAAUGGUGGAAAUACAUAACACCGUCGCGGUCUGACGCUGACGUGACGAUACAAAGGUCCGUCACGUUUCCUACACGUACAACAACUCUCCGACAGACUCGACGAAAACGUAACGCGGAGCUAGUAGAGGCUGCCGCUGCGAGGACCCUUACUGGUGCUGAAGCGUUGAAGAUAGCUCUUGGAUUAGCUAAUGAAGACGAGUCAGCUGAACGGCCAAGGCGUCAGGCUGCAAAUACCGAGGAAUUGUGCCGCGUACGUACACAAUUUAUCAAUCCCCGUGCUGCUCUCAACAACAAGGGUAAUUGGCGGUAUGUCGUUAACAUGCCAGACAAUAUGACACAACUUGUACGAGCCGAAAUUUGCACAUCAACUGAAUGCAGUGGGCUGUGCACGAUACCUCUUGGAUACACUUCUAGAUGCGAACAAAAAUAUAUACAGAAACGAUUGGUAGCGCUGGAAUCGAGUGGACAGAACUUGUACACAGAUGUUUUUUGGAUUCCAAGUUGUUGCCAAUGUACAAUUAUAAAUAAUAAUUAA